UCAAGUUGUCUGAAUCCAAGGUCACUGGAACAAGAACCCGUAAGAAAGAAUGCCUCGCAUCUUCUUCCUCAGUAGCUGCAGCUGGGGGCUGCAGUGUUACAGCUCCCCUCCCAAUAGACUCAGCAGGAUGUAAGGUUGCUAGUGACACUACAAAAGUGUGCAUGCUGCAGUGCUCCCCCUGCUAGCCGAGAGGUGCGGGGAAUGAGGAGGAUGUUGCAGUGCCUACCGGAAGGUUCCAUGGUAAUCACGGCAGUGCUGCUGUGGGUAGAGCUGCUGCAGGAGUCCCAGGCUGGCUGGAGCUGCGGGGAUCUGCUCUGCGGGGAGAAGGAAGGCUGCUGUGUAUUUGGGAAUGUCAGCCACACGGAGAUCAAAUGCUGCAAGCUGCCCUUCCACACUUUCCUGGACAACGUGGGCUGGUUUGUCAGAAAGCUGUCCGGACUGCUUAUACUGCUGGUGCUCUUCGCCAUCGGCUACUUCCUCCAGCGCAUGAUUUGCCCCAGCCCGCGCAGGUACACGCGGCGUCAACAGCAGCGCAGUCAGGAUGGCCCGGGGCUGCUGAAUGAAACCAGCUCUCAGGACUCGCUCAUAGACAGUGUCCGGCAUCUGUCAGAGCACGAGCUGCGUAUCAUCGCUUCGCCGGUUUUCCUGCAGCUGCCCAGCUACGAGGAGGUCAAGUACCUACCUACAUACGAAGAGUCCAUGAGACUCAACCAGGUCAUCCUGCCAGUAUCACAGAUCCCAGCACAGGCAGGAGAGGAGGGGAGGCCAGGGACACAGACCUCUCACUGACACUAAAAGCUGUAGGGGACACUUUCAUUUAGCCCCAGUCUUUUUACACAGAUACAUCACACCAGGUUAUCCCUUGCUCGUUCCAUCUAUGCACACAUAUUUCUAUUAGUUCCACCUGCAUAUCCUAUUUAUCCUACAAAUCUAUUUACAUAUAGAGUAUUAUUCUGCAGAUAAAUACCAGAGCUUCCUUCUAUAUCCAUAUACCAUGUUUGUCACAUAACAUAUUUGUCCAACCAAUUAGUCCUACUUUUUUUUUUCUUCCUAUCUUUAAUUACAUCUUUCUUUUAAAUGAAAGCCAUCCAUCCCCCUUGUCAUUCUGCUGCAGUAAAUCAUGUUUAUUCCUUAGAAACUAUGAUACCACCUCAGUGUAAGGUUUAUAACUCAAGUUGCUGGCAGGGGGCUGCAAGGCAUUCUCCUUGGCAGCUAAGGGGUUAAACCUUCACAUAUCUCCAGAGCCCAAUGUGUAGUUUUAAACUUUUCAUCGUAUGUUAAAUAAUAAGGCCUCUCUAGGGUCCCUAUCCCCAGCCACUAAUCAAUAUAAGGCAAUGUGGAAUACACAGCUAGAAAUGCAUUAAUUGGAUAUAUAUUAAUAUUUAAUUAUCUGCACAUUACUUUCUGAACAUAAGUAAGAAAGUUUAAUGUUUUUUUACAGUAUCCAUAUCAGCAGCAUUUCUGCAGAUGGUGUUUUCCAUCAAUCCCACAUAUUAUCAUUAGUUCUGCAUUAUCCUUGUCUCUGUUUUGUAGCACCCCCUAUAUUACAGAUAUGUGAAACUAGCUUUAUAAGCUAAUGCAUGUCCAAUUACCCCCCUCUCCUUCAAAUGGAAAGCAAUUUUUGACAGCAGAAAACUAACAUCUUGUCUUCCUAUUUUAUAUCUGUAAAACUAAUUUCUGAUAUGAUCUUUGGCCUUGUUAUACUUUUGGGACAG